AAAACCAAUAUCCGAUAGUUGUCAUUUAAAAUACGUCAAAAGGGGUUGGUAAUUCUGCAAAUGUUGCUAUAUACAAACCGAACUUUCUACUAUACGAUCGACUGUUGCUUAGGUUAUUGAUUUCUAUGUUAUGAUAUAUGUUUAAUAAAAAUUGAUAUCUCUCUAACACACAAUAUUUGAUAAUAUUCUAAAUGGGAUGAAAAAAUCAGCAAGAGUAUGGCUGAUGCUGAUCCACAAUUGAAACGCCUUUUACUUCCUGCUGAAGAAACUCUCUUUGAACAGCUGUUAAGAUUUGGACUUUAUGUGGGAGCAAUAUUUCAAGUUAUAUGCAUAUUAGCUAUAGUUAUUUAUCAAGCAGGUCCCUCUGAUGGGGCUGCUGCAUUAAAGGAUGAUCCAAGUGAUGUUGAAUGUUCAGAAAAUAGUCCACAAGUUACUCCAAGAAAACCUCAUCGGCCACGAAAGCAAGAAAAAAAGAAGAGACGUUGAAAUGAUGAGAAAAGAAAAAUAUACUAUUUAUCUUCCAUAUGUAUAUAUGGGAUGCAAGUUAAUUAAAUGUUCAAUAUAAAUGUUCCAAUAUUUCUAA